GCUAUGCGUUCUCUUUUACUUCUUUGACAUACACCACCUUUUGAAAUCAAAUCAAUAACGAAAUCAACAGCUGCAGCAACAGCACAAAGACAACGCCAACAGUACCGACGAUAAGCAUCAGCAACAGGCAACAACACACAUCCAACAAUGGCUGCAACCCUUUAUGCUGGCAAUUUAGCGCGAGAAGUUCAAACCGCCGAUCUACGCAAGCUCUUCUCAAAGUACGGCCGCAUUCUUUCCAUUGAGCCCAAGACCGGUUUCGCGUUUGUUGAAUUGGAGUCACGACGAGCUUGCGACGACGCAGUCUAUGGACUUCACGGCAUCAAGUAUUUUGGCAACACACUUCGCGUCGAACAUGCACACAACGAUUUGGACCGACGAUUUCCUCCACCACCUCCACCGUCUCAUGCUCCACCAGCUCCUAUACCAGAUACAUGCUUCAAGUGCGGCGGUGUAGGUCAUUUUGCUCGCGAUUGCCCGAGCGCUGAUACUUCUCGACGUCGUCUUGAGCCACAACGCGGCGACGCACCGCCAAGACUUUCAGGUGACAGUUAUCGACCUGGACAGGCACCAGCAUCACCAACACCACCGCCACGUUACAGAGAUGCAUACGAUCUUCCGCCCCCAAUGCCACCACCAUCUCGAUACCAUCCUUUACCGCCUCCACCGCUGUUUAACCGUCAUCGAAGACGACUGAGCCCUGGUGAUCAUGGCCGAUAUGGAAGGUAUAAUCCCUAUUAUCCUCCUCCCGCUCAUCCCCCACCAAGAGGCCCUGCUUACAAUGGAUAUGAUCGGAGGGAUAAUCGCCCGCAUUUAGGUCGAGAACGACGUAGAACCCCACCACCACCACGUCGGCGAAGCCUUACUCCAGAGCAAAGGUCAACAAGAAGGUCUUCGCCUCGUCGCUCUGAAAGCCCUAAACGACGAUCAAAAAGCCCAGCUCCGGCACGGCGUGCUCCUCGGACACCCAGCCCUCGAAACUAAUUCUUCCCUUACUGUUGUUUUGUAUAACAAGGUGGUGAUAUUGGUAUUGUAUGAUUGUUAAAUCUCUGCGAAAAAAAUAAAAAGCAUUCACCAUGCACUGUUG